GUCUGUGCUGCUGCUAAGUGGUGAACUGGAAAAUUUGUUGACCAUGGAAUCAGACACUCUGCAAGCUGUUCACUCUUUCCAGUGCCAAUUCUGUGAAGAGGUGUUUUCAUCCAGCAUUCAGAUGGCACAACACUGGCAAGACCACCACCAGGAGGACCACAUAGAGCAGGAAGCAUCAAUCUACCACCUCCUCCAGACAACAGCCUUUGGUCUCACUCACCCCAUGGCCAACAGUGCAAGUGACACCAUCAAGGGUAGCAGUUGCUUGACCGAUUCUAACCACCAUGUUUCACCUGGAAAGUGUUCCAUGUACAAGGAGAAUUUAGUAUCAGAGGAAACAUGUCAAGGACUCGGUCAAACCCAUUCUGUUGAGAGUUCGAGUCAAGUAGCCAUCUCUGUAAAAUCUUCAGACUCACAAUCUGUUCCCAAGAAAGGAUUGAAGGACUUCUGUUGUGAAAUAUGCGGUCGGACUUACACAACCACAUCAAAUCUGAACAAGCACUAUCGCACACAUACAGGUGUUCUCUACUUCUGUAGCCUUUGUCAGAAAGGUUUUAAGUAUAAAGAGAGUCUAAAGAAACAUGAAAAAUGCCAUACACAAAGGAAGACUGAGAAUCAUGACUGUGUCUAUCAGUGUCAAUUUUGCCACAAGAAUUUUCCUGACAAACUCAGAUUAAGUAUUCACUUUCGUUCUCAUCCUAUGGAGAAAACGCACAAAUGCAAGCAGUGUGAACGAACCUUUCUCUACAAAAGUGGAUUAAGACGACAUAUGCUUUCACAUGCUUCUGAAAAGGCACAUAUAUGUCUCCACUGCACAAAAAGUUUCUUGACACUUCAUAGUCUGAAGGCACAUAUCAAGACCCAUUCUGGCAAGAAGCCGUUCUCCUGUGACAAAUGUGAAAAGGCUUUUGCUCAGAAGCUUACAUUAAUUGAGCAUAUGAAAUUACAUGAGGACACCAGAUCUUAUAAAUGUAGCUACUGUGGAAAAAGUUUCCAUCAGCGUUCAACACUGUGGGGACAUGAGAAGCUACACAAGCGUGAGAAGGUUCACAGAUGCAGUAAAUGUGAGGAACAUUUUGGGACGUUAAAAGAACUUCGGAGUCAUGAGAAGAAGCAUUGGUUGGAUUCCAGGCUGCACAAAACUGUUGACACUGAUGGGGAACCUGUCAAGGAUUCUGUGCAAACUAGACGAUUUGAGUGUGAUCUCUGCGGGGAAGCGUUCACCCAAAAGGCAGUGCUGCAAACGCACUACAGGAGACAUACAGGCGAAAAGCCAUUUAAAUGUAAUGUAUGUGGGAAACAAUUCAGACACUUGGCAUCCAGCAAGAGACAUGGUUUAAUCCACAAAGGUAUCAAACAGUAUCAUUGUGAUAUGUGUGAUAAAUCAUUCACCAAGAAGUCCUACUUGAAGUGGCAUGUCUCCAAGCUUCACUCCACUGUUGAUGACAGCAGACUGAAAGUUUGUGAUGAUACUUGUAAAGAGAAUUCGGAAGCUACAGACUCCCAGUCCGUGACAGGAACUGCUGAAAAGUGGAAUGAGGAUCCAGAUAGUGUGUUAUCACUAGAGGAUUGUGGUGGCAGUGAUAUGGAGUCUGAUGAUCAGAGACCAUUCAGUAGUCUAGAGGAGAAAGAAGGAAAGUGUAGAGAUGAACUGGAGGACUUAACACAAAAACAUGAAUUUGGUGGUCAGAGAAAACAAAGUGAUUGUGAGAAUAACCAGAUGGAGAGUCUGAAUACCCCUGACCAUCCAAGCUCGCAGAUCAUGGAGGGAACAAGCGUGAUAGUGUCAUUCCAGGAUGUUUGCGAUGUGCCAAUCAAUGAAGAAUGCGUCCACACAAUGAAUGUCCUGGACCAUGUCAUGCAACUGGCUGAGAUUUCCCAAAGGGACGUUGAAGAGUGUCAGAUCCAGAUUGAGAAUGUUCCGGGUUCCCCAGGUGAAGGGAGAAGCAUGGAAACUGAUCUAGAUAAGAAUAAAACACUGCUACAUGUAUCUCUUGAUAAUGUAACCAUUGACAAUCAGAAACCUUCUGCAGUUAAACCUUUUGUGUGUGAAUUAUGUGGACGAAUGUACAGCUCAAAUUCAUGCCUUCUGAGACACAAGCAAACUCACCUGAUCUCCAAGCCCCACAAGUGCAAUUUAUGUGACAAGUCCUAUAGCCGACGACCACUCUUACGAGAGCACAUUCAGUUCUCGCACAGUGAGCAGUACAAGGUUCACAAGUGUUCAUUCUGUGAGAAAUCGUUUCCCAAUGCGACCAGAUUAGAAUUGCAUGUCCGUACCCACACACAAGACAAACCCUUCAAGUGCCGAGAAUGUCAGAAAGGAUUCGCGGACUCCAGCAAUCUCAGGAGGCAUGAACGCAGUCAUAAGGGGUUGCGAACACAUAAGUGCCCCCAGUGUGGACAGCUGUUCUCUGAGAAGCCUGCCCUUCAGCGGCAUCAGGCCAGGCAUCAAGGAGAGAAGAACUAUCAAUGUCAGCACUGCACCAAGUCGUUUGUUCUGAAGACGGACCUACAGAGCCACAUCAUCUUGCAUAGAGCUGCCAAGGAAUCAGAAUGCUCUCUUUGUGGGUUGACAUUCAAGCGACAAAUCAGCUUCAAUCUUCAUCAGGCUACCACCAAAAAAAGUGCCAGGAAAUGCAGAGUUUGUGGCAUUGGAUUUGCGAAUGAAUGCAAGAGACGCCAACAUGAACUCAGUGAGCAUAAGUUUAUUAUCAAUGACUCGGGGUUUGUCUGUGGAUGCUGUGGGAAGAGUUUUAAUAGGCUCGGUAAAAUGGUGAACCAUAUAAGAGAGCAUUAAUGAAAUGUCAAAGUUUCAGACCUUUGAAAUUUCUGCAUAUGGUGGGUGGGGUAGGGGACUUCACAAUUUGAAGGCUUUUUUUUCUCACUGAUAGUUAUAAACAUAUUAUAAUCUGAUAGGCAAGGCCUGUCUUACUGUCUACUUAGAUUGAGUGCUCUAGUCUUCUUUCGUUCUCGUUUUUUUUCUCUCUGCUAAACAAAAAGUCAUAAGGGUGAAGAUCCCUGCUCCUGAUUGUAUUCCAAGUCCACAUGCAGAAGUAAACGAGCUAUGCGACUUAAAGUUAGAAAUUAAUGUUAAUAAUAAAAGAAUUGAACAUGAUUAUAAAAGAAAGAUGUCCAUUUUGUGUUUCCAUGCUGGUAAUUUUCAUUCUGUUGUGCUUUAAGAAUGUAAAAGGUACCUAAAUUUAAUAACAGAAUAUCAUUUUUUCCACUCUAUUAGACAUUUAAACUCAUGAAUAUUGGGAUUAAU